GGAGAGGAGGUCAUUAGAAAGUGAGGACUGAGCACGGGCCGGUUCUCGAGGCUCAGAGACUUUAAGUACCAGCGGAUCUCUGAUGCCGGUGUAAGACUAACACAUCAUUCAGCAGCUCUGUGUAGUGUUUCAACCGCAGCCAAAUGCUUCGUCUGAUCUUGCGGCUCAGGCCGUCCGCCGGGCUCCGGCGUCCCCGUGUCCUCCCAGCCGGGCCUGCUGCGUUCGGCUCCCGCUCUCUGCCCGGGACCGGCUGUCUGAGGCGGCUUCACUGUGGAGCGGCGUCCCGGACCGUGUGUCUGGGCUCCGGCUUCAGCCAUAGAGGGAUUCUGCUGCGGUGUCCCCAGCUGACAGGCAGCGUUCAGAGCAAGCGCUUCUACAGCCUGCCGCCGCAUCAAAAGGUGGAGCUUCCCGCCCUGUCCCCCACCAUGCAGACAGGAACGAUCGCUCGCUGGGAGAAGAAGGAGGGAGAAAAAAUCAGCGAGGGUGAACUUAUAGCUGAGGUGGAGACCGACAAGGCCACUGUGGGUUUUGAGAUGAUGGACGAGUGCUAUCUUGCAAAGAUCUUGGUUCCUGAAGGGACCAGAGAUGUCCCCAUCGGAUCAGUAAUCUGCAUCACUGUUGACAGCCCUGAUCUCAUCCCUGCCUUUAAGGACGUAACUUUGGAGUCAAUUAAAGCAGCCGGUCCUUCACCAGUUGCCUCCCCUUCUCCUCCUCCACCACCUCCUCCUUCUCCUGCUGCUGCAGCACCUCUUGCAGCCCCGGGCAGCUCUUACCCCACACACAUGAAGAUCACACUUCCCGCCCUCUCUCCCACCAUGACGAUGGGAACAGUGCAGCGCUGGGAGAAGAAGCUGGGAGAGAAGCUGAGCGAAGGAGAUCUGCUGGCUGAGAUCGAGACUGACAAGGCGACCAUUGGCUUUGAGGUGCAGGAGGAGGGAUAUUUGGCCAAAAUCAUGGUGGCCGAGGGAACUCGGGAUGUCCCCCUGGGAACGCCACUCUGCAUCAUUGUAGAGAGAGAAAGUGACAUCGCUGCCUUCAAAGAUUAUGUCGAGACUGGAGUGGCAGAGGUUUCCACACCACCUCCAGCUCCAGCACCGACUGCAGCUCCUGCUCCUGCUCCGACUCCUGCAACUGCCGCCCCAGCGGCACCCAGGAAAGGUCGAAUGUUUGCCAGCCCCCUCGCCAAGAAACUUGCUGCUGAGAAAGGAAUCGACCUGGCCCAGGUCAGCGGCUCUGGACCUGAUGGACGCAUCACCAGGAAAGAUAUUGACAGCUUCAUUCCACCAAAGUCUGCACCUGUCGUAGCUGCUGCUCCCACUCCAGCCGCAGCUCCAGCUGCUCCUGCACCUGCUGCAGCUCCUGCUGCUGGGACCUUCACAGACAUCCCUAUCAGCAACAUCCGCAAGGUAAUCGCUCAGAGGUUGAUGCAGUCCAAGCAAACCAUCCCCCACUAUUAUCUGUCUGUAGAUGUCAACAUGGACCAAGUGCUCGAGCUUCGGACAGAACUCAAUGCUGAAGUGAAAGCCCAGAAUAUCAAGCUUAGUGUGAAUGACUUCAUCAUCAAAGCCAGCGCUCUGGCCUGCCUCAAGGUUCCCGAGUGCAACUCCUCCUGGAUGGACACGGUCAUUCGCCAGAAUCAUGUGGUGGACCUGAGUGUAGCAGUAAGCACAGCCAGCGGCCUCAUCACGCCCAUAGUGUUUAACGCCCACACCAAAGGACUGGUUGCCAUCAGCUCAGAUGUGUCUGCUCUUGCAGCUAAAGCGAGGGAAGGCAAACUGCAGCCACAUGAGUUCCAGGGAGGUACAUUCACAAUCUCUAAUUUGGGGAUGUUUGGUAUCAAGAACUUCUCAGCGAUAAUCAACCCUCCCCAGUCCUGCAUCCUCGCCGUCGGGGGCUCAGAGAAACGGCUGAUGCCUGCUGAUAAUGAGAAAGGGUUCGACGUAGCUAGCAUGAUGUCGGUGACGUUGAGCUGCGACCACCGGGUGGUGGACGGGGCAGUCGGCGCACAGUGGCUCGCUGAGUUCCGCAAGUUUCUGGAGAAACCCGUUACCAUGCUGUUGUAAUUGGACUGUACUGCCGUUAAACUGCAGCAACAGGCCUCUCACUGAAGACAUCUGAUCGCUCUAAACCGGUCUGGAUCCUCCUGUGAUUGGCCGGCCUGCCACCAGGUCACUCCCAGUUACCCUGAAGGGAGGCAGAACUCACUCCGCUUACCUGUCUGUCUCUCCUGUCUGUCUCUUUCUUCUCUUGCUCUCUCUCUCAUGUUCUAUUUAUUGAGGCCCCAUCUCGACCAGAAUUAGGUAUAAUUUAACCUAGAAUAAAUACUGGCCAAGUGUCGCUACAACACUGAUGUUUUCCAAAGGGAAGUGUUACAUGUCCAACCAGUGAGAAUAUUUAUCCCAAAACGUAUGCGUGUCUUUUUUUACACACUUUCAUCUUUGAUUUUGUGUGAAUGUGAUAAAGACAAAGGGAAGUACAGCAAAUGUGGGUCUUUUGGAAAAAAACGUUUUUCACAGAGUUCAGAUGUACACUCACAUAAACCUGUCCCUGUUCACUGGUGCACGCGCACACACACACACACACUCUCACACUUGAAAUAUUUAGUGUGUUUUCUGUGUGUUGAUGCUACAGUGUGUGUGUGUGUGUGUGUGUGUGUGUGUGUAUGUAUAUGUAUAUGUAUAUAUAUAUAUAUAUAUAUAUAUAUAUAUAUAUUCACUGUGGGAUAAACAGUGCUGUGUGUGUGUGUGUGUAUAAUUGUGAGCUCUGAUAAGGCCCCACCAUAUGAUGAAAUAUCUGUACAGACCUGAAUGACACUGUAACCCACUAUCAUCUUAAAAGAAGUACAGAACAGUUUUGCCAAUUCUCUCUCUUCAGUGGGGAUGUUUUAUUUUCUAGUCUAGAACGCACAAAGCUGGAGCUGGAAGUUAUUUGUUGUUUGAAUAAAUUGGAAGAGGUCAA